AUGUGUGAUACGCAUAUAAUAUGGAUAAAAUUGUUAUUGUGCAGCAUAACUGACAUAUUUGACGAAGAAAUAGAUCGUUAUUAUUAUGGAGUACAGAAAUCGGAUUUAUUUAUUGCGGAGGGGCAAAUAUUGAUUGUGGAAUAUGCAACCAACUCUUGCCAUAAAGAUGGGAUUGCACCUUGUUUAUUGACUGUAGAUCCUAGAGAUAUUGCUACGUUGACCCCAAAGUUCCUUAGCACGGUGUUUAAGCAUUUUAAAAAUGAUAUCCCCGAUUCAAAUUGGGAUUUAAAGCUACAUUUAGCUAUCACAAUGGUUCGCGGAAUUCUUCAACGAGGAAAACAUAAGACAAUUGAAAAACAACAAAAAUUACUUGCAAAAGCUCAUAUACCCUCUCCACCUUCCAUAUCUAUAAAAAAGGCGAUAGUACCAGAAACAUGUCGUUCACAAGCUGAAGAUAUAAUGGCAGGUUUAUUAAGCGGUCAAGAAGAGAAAGUCGGUUGGAGAUGGAAAGAAGAUCCGAUGAAACAAAAUCCAAUCAAAGGGGAAUGGAUUGAGGCUAAAAAUAGGAAAAAGAUAACGUCCGCGGAUCGUGUAAUUCUUUAUAUACAUGGUGGUGCUUACUUCAUGGGAAGUGCCGCUCAGCAUAGGUUUUUAAUACAAAGGGUCGCUAAAGCUGGCGCCGCUAGGGCUUUUAGUUUUGAUUAUAGGCUUGCACCUCAAUCUCCUUUUCCCGCCGCUGUCGUUGAUACUUUGGCCGCAUAUUUUUAUUUAAUACAACCUCCCGCUGAUGCCGGGUUUGAUCCGAUAAGCCCAAAAAAUAUUGUUGUAAUGGGUGAUUCUGCCGGAGGUGGUUUAGCCUUAUCAAUCAUGCUCGUACUUCGAGACGCUGGCCUUCCUCAACCUGCUGGCGCAGCAUGUUGGUCUCCUUGGGUCGAUCUUUUUCAUUCUUUGCCUUCGAUAUUUUCAAACGCUUCAACCGAUUAUAUACCGAACGGUUUUGUAAAUAAAGCGUCACCUGCUAAUCCGAUAAAGGAUUAUACCAACGUAAAGGAAAGGUUAGAGAGGGUUCAAUAUUAUGCCUAUAAUUCCGCUUUAUCCAUACCUUAUGUAUCUCCAAUUCUUGCUGAUGAUUUGGGAGGUUUAGGUGAAAUUUUCAUCACGUGUGGAAAUGGAGAAAGGCUGAGGGAUGAGGCAAUUUUAUUUUCUCAUAAAGCAUCGAAAACACAUCCUGAAGUUUUCGAGUGCAAAAAACCAGGAGUUCGAGCGUUCCCACCGACAAAGGUUUCUCUAAACAUUUACGAGGCCAUGCCACACGUUUUUCAAUUGUUCCUGUUUCAUCCGGCGGCUAGUAACGCAAUGAAACGCACAGGUGCUUUCAUUCGAAAAAUCAUACCCGAACCAACAAACGAUUCGUCAAGCUCAUCAUCACAUUCGUCCUUCUCAUCGAUAUACUCCAAUUCCUCUUCGAGAUGUUACUACCAUCGAGAAAAGGAAGUUUCGAGGAAUUGCAAACGAACCAAUGAUAUGUUGGACGAAGGUACUUUACGUGAGUGGGCUAAUAUGUUGGGAAAAUUUCCCGAUUUGAAACUUCAUCCGGAAUUUAUGGAUGUUUAA